ACCAAACUCGCGUUUCAUAUCAUCGAUGCAAACGUGCAUUUGUUCAAAGCAAACACUCAAAAAUGUUUUUUUUUACACAGAGAGAGAGAGAGAGAGAGAGAGAGAGAGAGAGAGAGAGAGAAUUGUGACGAGUCAUUUUGCAUUUUAAUAGCUUGACUACGUGACACUAUUGGCGAUCUAGGCUAUUUUGGUUCCUUAAAAAAAAGGACUGUAUCAUCAUGACGCACCAACCAUUAAUUCAGAUGCGGACUUGCGUAACUAAUUACCAUAAGCACAUACCCUGGUGUCAUAUAUAAAGUCGUGAGACCACGGUUUUGUCAUAAGCACUCAGGACACACAUUUUGGAAAAGAAGGUGAAGACCAGAAAGUUACUUGAGAUUACAGUAUUUUAGCCGAGGCCGUUUGCAAAAGGAUAAUUAAACACAGCAAACCUUUCAAACGAAGGUGACAUAUACGGUUGCUUGCAUGAAGACUGAGAGUGUCGUCCAGACUGUGCCCUUCACCGGUAGAAAACGGAGCCUGCUUGAUGACGCACGGAGGGACCGAGAGAGUGGCUCCUCGGCGGGCCCGGGUCCCUCGCGCGUCGGGGACUGUUGCGUGUUUGAGGAGAAGAACGGUAAAGUUUCUCUCCACGUGCUUUUCGCCCUCAGUAACGAGAAAAACACCGGGUUCUUCAAAGCGGGCAAGGUGUUUGAGACCUUCGAAGCCAAACUUCUUCACGUGGAGAGCCGACCCAGAAAGUCCAAGAACAACACAUCGGACCUGGAGUUCCUCAUCAAGUGUGAAAUACAUACCUCGGACAUCGACGUCUUCAUCAACUCAUUGAAAAGGGUCGCAGACGAUGUGCGGACAGUCCCUGAAGAAAAAGUGCUCUGGUUUCCAAGGAAAAUAAGAGAUUUGGAUAGAUGCAAUCAUUUGGUAACGAAGUUCGAUCCUGAUUUGGAUCAAGAUCACCCCGGUUACAGCGAUAAAGAUUACAGAAUAAGAAGAGCUUUCAUCUCGGAACUCGCAUUUAAUUACAAACAAGGGGAGCCCUUACCCAGGGUAGAAUACACGCCUGAGGAAAUAUCAACGUGGAGGCAGGUGUACUGCACCCUGACCAGCAUCUACCCCACGCACGCCUGCAGGCAGUUUCUGGAUGGACUGGAGCAGCUGGAGAAGGAGUGUGGCUACGCGGAGGACAACAUCCCCCAGCUGAGAGAUGUGUCUGCCUUCCUCAAAGAAAAGACAGGCUUCCAGCUGCGUCCAGUAGCAGGUCUCCUCUCGGCACGGGACUUCCUGGCCAGCCUGGCGUUCCGAGUGUUCCAGUGCACACAGUACAUCCGACACCCCUCAGCUCCCAUGCACUCCCCAGAACCAGACUGUUGUCAUGAGUUACUCGGCCACAUCCCAAUGCUUGCAGACAAAGAGUUUGCUCAGUUCUCACAGGAAAUUGGUCUGGCAUCACUGGGGGCAUCUGACGAGGACAUUGAGAGACUUUCAACACUGUACUGGUUCACAGUGGAGUUUGGCCUCUGUAAGCAGAGCGGAUCGGUCAAAGCGUACGGAGCGGGACUACUGUCCUCCUAUGGAGAACUCCUAUAUGCUCUUUCAAACGAACCCGAAUACAAACCCUUUAACCCAGAGGAAGCUGCGGUCCAACCCUACCAGGAUGAAACAUACCAGCCCAUAUACUUUGUGUCUGAGAGCUUUGAAGACGCAAAGGCAAAACUGAGGCAAUUUUCCUCAACGAUCCAGAGGCCGUUCACCAUCCGGUAUGACCCGAUCACCAGCAGCCUGGACGUGCUGGACCGGCCUGGACAGAUCCAGAAGGCGCUGGGUCAGAUCCAGGAGGAGCUGAAGACCCUGUACCAGGCCCUGGAGAGUCUGGGUCAGAGGUGAGCUGGGCCCAGGAGAACCAGAAGCCAGAACCUAGUCCAACAUCAUUCAGGACCAGAACCCAGAACUCAGAACCCAGUUCAACCCCAUUCAGAUCAGGACUAGAACGUAGAACACAGAAUCCAGUCCAACAUCAUUCAUGACUAGAACUUAGAACCCAGAUUCCAGUCCGACACCAUCUAGGAGAAGAACCCAGAAUCCUGUCCAGCAACAUUCAGGACUAGAAGUCAGAACCCAGUCCAACACCAUUCAGGAUUAGAACCUAGAACCCAGUCCAACACCAUGCAGCAAUAGAAAACAGAACCCAGAAAACACCAUUCUGGACUAGAACUCAGCACCCAGUCCAAGAUUAUUCAGGAUUAGAACCCAGAGCCCAGUCCAACACCAUUCAGCAAAUACAGUAUUAGCACAUGCUCACAACGAGUGCUGGGCCACAAGGAUGGAGAAUUGUACACUUCUUUACUUUUAUUUUUUUAAGUUUGACUACUGUAAUUUUGCUAGCCUUGAUUACCAUGAUUUCAUGACCUAUACAUUCUUGCAUGAUGUUCAAUGCAGAGGCACAAAAUAGGAUAUAUAUACUGUAUAUAAUGUAAUUCAAAAGUAAACCUGUCAUGUAUAAUAUUUGAUGAUGUGGUUUUCUUUCUGUAAUAUUUAAUAUUUUAAUGACUUGUUUAACUUAUGUUUAACAUGAGUAUUUGUUUGUCAUAAUAAAUUCAACAUAUUAAAUAUUUUCCUCUA